CGCUCCUUAGAGGUUCUGCCGUCUGUGCUUCUUGGGAGCUCCGAGCGCGUAGCUUCGCCCAAUUUGGGUUCUUGGAUUGGUGGGCGAGUCCGCGAGCUCGUGGGAGAUGCUGUCUGUGAGCUCACCGAGGGUGCACAUGAGCAGGGGCGUCGUGGACCCGGUCCAGCUGGCCUCAUGCCGGUGCCGCUGGGCAUGCCGGGCGGCCGCGCGGGCGGUGCCGCCGCCGCCGCCCAGGCGCCGCACGCCUUGUGUUUGUUUCGUGGCCGCGCCCAGCCAGACAGGUCUUGCUGCUAUCGACGUGCUGGCAGCCGGUGCGUCGGCGACGACGGCGAGGCUCCCUGAGCGCGUGUCCGUCUCGUCUCUGCUGGAGGUCGUGUCGGACGACCUUCUGAAGCUCAACAACAACCUGAAAGCGCUUAUUGGUGCAGAAAAUCCAGUUCUAGUUUCUGCCGCAGAACAAAUUUUUGGUGCUGGUGGAAAGAGAUUAAGACCAGCAUUGGUUUUUCUGGUGUCCAGAGCAACUGCAGAGUUAGCUGGUUUGCCGGAGCUAACUACAGAGCAUCAACGUUUGGCAGAGAUUAUAGAGAUGAUUCACACUGCAAGUUUAAUACAUGAUGAUGUCAUAGAUGAUAGUGGGAUGCGAAGAGGGAAAGAGACCAUUCAUCAGCUAUAUGGAACCCGUAUAGCCGUGCUUGCUGGUGAUUUUAUGUUUGCGCAAUCUUCUUGGUUUCUUGCAAACUUAGAAAACAUUGAAGUCAUCAAGCUCAUCAGCCAGGUGAUCAAGGACUUCGCCAGUGGUGAGAUAAAACAACAAUCAACUCUCUUCGAUUGUGACGUCACCCUCGACGACUACCUGCUCAAGAGCUACUACAAAACUGCCUCCCUGCUCGCGUCGAGCACGAGGUCUGCCGCCAUAUUCAGCGGCGUCAGCACCACGAUAUGCGAGCAGAUGUAUGAGUACGGCAGGAACCUUGGGCUCUCGUUCCAAGUAGUCGACGACAUCCUCGACUUCACCCAGUCGGCUGAGCAGCUUGGCAAGCCGGCAGGGAGUGACCUGGCAAAGGGGAACCUGACAGCCCCGGUCAUCUUCGCCCUGCAGGAGAACCCGGCGCUGAGGGAGAUUAUCGACUCUGAGUUCUGCGACACGGGCUCGCUGGCGACGGCCAUGGAGCUUGUCCACAGUAGCGGCGGGAUCAGACGGGCGCAGGAGCUCGCGAGGGAGAAGGGUGAUUUGGCGCUCCGGAAUUUGGAGUGCCUUCCUAGGAGCGGGUUCAGGAGCGCCCUGGAGAACAUGGUCAAGUACAAUCUUGAGAGGAUUGACUAGGAUGGAUCCACUUGGUCUGUCCCUGAAGAUUCAGAUGACACACCUGCGGGAUGUGUACAUACCAGCUUCCACAAAAUUCAGUAUCAUGUCCAUUUAAGGAGAUGACUGAUGCAACAUCGCAAGCAACAUCACAGCAUUGGCGUCAUGGUGUGUACCCACUACCUCGUGUGUACUACAUGUAUAACGUAGCGUUGUAUUCUGCAGUCUGCAUCUCAAGUAACUGCCCAGGUAAAUAUGUACCAUAUACCCGAAAGAUUAAAUUUUAUUAGUAUAACAGGUAGGAACAUUAUUUUUUUCUUCCAGUGGUGAGUGAAUCUUGUAAUUCUGUUGACCACCGGAGUAUGAAUUAACAUUGUUAUAGCC